CAAGCUAAAACCCUGCCUUCAGAUAUAAAUUCUCAAGCUCUACACUCCUCACUCCACUACACUUCAACCAUGGCCGCCUCCUCCAACCCUCUCCUCCUCUUCCUCCUCUUCCUCCUCUUCCUCCUCUUCCAAACCCUAACCCUAUCUGCCACUGCAGCUGACGCUGCGGAUAAGAAGACCUACAUCUUCUGCAUCAACCAUCUGAAGAAACCCUCCAUUUUCCCCACGCACGAGCACUGGUAUUCCUCCCCAUCUUUCUCCGUCUCCGCUCCCUUCAUCCACAUUUACUCCACCAUUUUCCAUGGCUUUUCCGCUUCCCUCACCGCCGCUCGUGCCGCCGCACUUUCCAGCCACCCCGCCGUCCUAGCCGUCUUUGAAGACCGCCUUCGCCAUCUCCACACCACUAGGUCUCCACAAUUUCUUGGCCUCCGUAACCAGCAAGGCCUCUGGUCCGAUUCCGAUUACGGUUCCGACGUCAUCGUCGGCAUCCUCGACACAGGAGUUUGGCCUGAGCGCCGAUCCUUCUCGGAUCACAAUAUCGGCCCUGUUCCCUCCAGAUGGCGUGGCACCUGUGAAACUGGACCAAAUUUCCCUCUCUCGAUCUGCAACCGCAAGCUCGUUGGUGCUCGAUUCUUCUCCCAUGGACAUGAUGCCUUUUCUUCAGCUGCAGGCGGUAUCGGUGGAAUCAACGAAACUUUUGAGUUCAGGUCUCCACGGGACGCCGAUGGGCAUGGAACCCACACCGCUUCGACGGCCGCCGGUCGCCAUGUUUUCGGCGCUAGUCUGUCGGGCUAUGCCUCCGGUAUCGCUAAAGGCGUCGCUCCAAAAGCUCGCAUCGCGGUUUAUAAGGUGUGCUGGAAGGGCUCCGGUUGUUUGGAUUCCGAUAUUCUUGCCGGGUUCGACAGCGCUGUGGCUGAUGGCGUUGAUGUCAUCUCUAUCUCUAUCGGAGGCGGAGAUGGAAUAUCUUCACCGUACUACCUCGACCCGAUCGCCAUCGGGGCCUUCGGUGCCGUUUCAAGGGGUGUAUUCGUCGCCUCCUCCGCGGGCAACGAUGGUCCGACCGCCAUGUCUGUUACUAACCUCGCCCCCUGGCUCACCACUGUAGGUGCUAGCACGAUCGAUCGUACUUUCCCUGCCGACAUCGUUCUUGGAGACCGCCGUCGACUCGCCGGGGUUUCCCUUUACUCCGGUCCAACCAUCGACGGCCAAAUGUACCCAUUAGUCUACCCUGGAAAAUCCGGCGGUCUACCAGCCUCCCUCUGCAUGGAGAACUCCCUCGAUCCGAAGCUCGUGAAGGGGACUAUCGUCGUGUGCGAUCGUGGAAGCAGUCCGCGAGUCGCGAAGGGCCUCGUCGUGAAACAAGCUGGCGGCGUCGGAAUGAUACUCGCAAACGGUAUCUCGAACGGCGAAGGACUCGUCGGCGACGCCCACGUACUCCCUGCUUGCGCCGUUGGCUCCGACGAAGGCGAUUCCGUGAAAUCUUACAUUGCCGCAAACCCUAACCCUACCGCUACCCUCGCUUUCCGUGGAACCAUUAUCGGAGUGAAGCCGGCUCCCGUCGUCGCUUCCUUCUCCGGCCGCGGACCCAACGGUCUCACUCCAGAGAUCCUCAAGCCCGACCUCAUCGCUCCAGGAGUUAACAUACUCGCCGCAUGGACCGAUGCCGUUGGCCCUACCGGACUAGACUCCGAUCACCGGAAAACCGAGUUCAAUAUUCUUUCCGGUACUUCAAUGGCGGCCCCUCAUGUGAGCGGUGCGGCUGCGCUUCUCAAAUCCGCACAUCCUUCAUGGACUCCGGCUGCCAUCAGAUCGGCGAUGAUGACGACGUCUAAUAUCGUGGACAAUACUCUUCGUCCGGUGACCGACGAGGGGACCGGCGAGCCUGUGACGCCAUUAGGGUUUGGUGCCGGUCAUCUCAAUCUUUACAAAGCCAUGGAUCCGGGAUUGGUGUACGACAUGGACGAAGGUGAUUACAUCUCCUUCCUCUGCGCCUUGGAGUACGAACCCAAGAUGAUUCAGAUCAUCACUCACUCCCCGGCAACCUGCCCAGCGAAGCGUCCGUUGCCGGAAAACCUCAACUAUCCAUCGAUCACCGUCGUUUUCGAAGGCGCGGCGGCGGUGAACCAGAGCAAGACGGUGGUGAGGAAGGUUACGAACGUCGGGUCGGCGGGGGUUGGAGUUUAUCGUGCAAAGGUAGAUAUGGUUAGCGGUAAGGGGUUAGCCGUUAGCAUUAAGCCAGGAAAGCUAGUUUUCUCGCCGGCGGUGACGAAGCAGAGCUUCGCCGUAACGGUUACGGUUACGGCGGCGGCUGUUUCCGGUCCAAGGUCGGGGGUGGAUUAUGGCUAUUUAACGUGGUCCGAUGGGAUGCACGAGGUGCGUAGCCCUAUCGUGGUCUCGAGGAUCCAGCCGUUGUGAUUAUUAAAUGCAAAUAAUUGUCGGUUGUUGAUGCAAAAAAACAAAAAACGGUAAGAAAUGUGUAAAUAAAGGGUGUUUUUUUUUUUUGGUAAUUUGGCUAUUUGUGAAGGGUGGGGCCCAGGAGUAGGGCGUCUUUUAGGAGGGAUAUCACGUGCUUGGCACGUGUUAACGGAGCAAAUAUCUCUGCACUUAUCAGGCUAUGAAGUAAUUAAGUGGGGGGCAUGAACUUUAUGUUGUGUACGAAAAUGUAUAAUUAUAUAUUUUGGGAGGCAAUGUUUAGUUUGUGUUGGGGCUAUUGUUAAUCUUUUAAUUAGUGGCGCUGUUUUUGUUAA